CUUGUUGCUAUGACAAUGGACCGAGGUAGGCUAUUGGGAAAUCCUAUUCUCACCAGAGAUCUGCACCGAUCGCACGUCAUGUCGAUAGAGAUUGAGUCCUCAGACGUGAUUCGGCUGAUACAGCAGUUCCUAAAGGAAAAUAAUUUACUGCGUACUCUCCAAACUUUACAGGAAGAAACGACAGUAGCACUCAAUACUGUUGAUAGUGUUGAGGCCUUCAUCACAGAUAUCCACAAUGGUCGUUGGGAUAUCGUCCUUAAAACUAUAUCACAAUUGAAGUUGCCCCAGAAGAAGCUGGUGGAUCUUUAUGAACAGAUUGUAAUAGAGCUCAUAGAAAUGAGGGAACUCGGUGCGGCGAGAUCCCUGCUCCGACAGACAGAUCCCAUGCAAUUCUUGAAAGAGCAUUAUACAGAACGGUAUCUUCAUCUGGAGCACUUGUUGUCGCUGACGUUCUUCGAUGAAAAGGAGGCAUAUCCCAACGAUUCUACGAAGCAAAAGCGUCGGCAGAUUAUUGCUCAAGCAUUGUCAAGUGAGGUUACCGUGGUGGCCCCAUCACGACUUUUGGCGCUUCUCGGCCAAUCCCUGAAAUGGCAGCAUUCGCAAGGACUGUUACCGCCAGACGCUGCUUUUGAUCUGUUUCGUGGCGCGGCUCCUGUGGCAAAAGCAGAAGAAGACACACCACCGACAGAAUGUUAUAAUUCUAUCAAGUUUCCCAAGAAGCAACAUGCCGAGUGUGUGGUGUUCUCUCCGGAUGGGCAAUUCCUGGCGACAGGGAGCGUGGAUGGCUUCAUCGAGCUAUGGAAUUACAUGACUGGAAAACUUCGAAAGGAUUUUAAAUACCAGGCGGAGGACAAUCUAAUGGUCAUGGAGGACGCAGUUCUGACCUUAAAUUUCAGUAGAGAUAGCGAGCUGCUGGCAUCAGGGGCGCAAGAUGGAAAGAUUAAGGUGUGGCGAGUACAAACAGGACAAUGCAUACGAAGAUUCGCCACCGCGCAUACGCAAGGGGUGACCUCCGUCUGUCUCAGUAAAGAUGGCACGCAAGUUCUGAGUUCAAGUUUUGACCAGACAAUCAGAAUUCACGGACUAAAAUCUGGCAAAAUGCUCAAAGAAUUCCGAGGUCACACGUCCUUUGUAAACGACGCAGUCUUCUCCCUGGAUGGAACGCGGGUCAUCAGUGCGAGCAGUGAUGGGACCGCAAAGAUAUGGGAUACAAAGACUACAGAUUGUGUUGUGACCAUAACGCUGCAUGAGGGGCGGGCCGUUUCAACAGGUGUACAUAGUCCAACAGUUAACCGGAUUCUCCUGAUGCCUCGAAAUAUGGAUCAAUUUGUUCUUUGUAACAAGAGCUCGUACGCUUAUGUUCUGAACUUGCGAGGACAGGUGGUAAAAAGUGUCAGCUCGGGUAAAAAGGAAGGUGGAGAUUUUACAAGUGCCACGCUGUCGGCCAAGGGGGAGUACAUCUAUUGCGCAAGCGAAGACAAUCACAUCUACUGCUUUCACUCGGAGAGCGGAAAAACCGUCACCUCCUUCAAGGCGUCCGAAUCGGAAAUUAUUGGCCUCUCACAUCAUCCAUUUUCAAACAUCAUCGCUGUAUACGGCGAUGAUGGGGUGGUGAGCCUUUGGAAACAGUAGUACAUUCUUAUUUCGUCACUUUAGUGUAGAUGCGACCGUAGUGGUCAUGUACAUAGUAUUUUGAUAUUGGAGUGCGGAGGGUUCAGUCCAUUACGACGUACCCUAGUGUAGGUAAGGAGUUGGUACUUUUGCCUUCUAUGACCAACUCUUGGGGGGGCAAUAUCUACGAAGAUAGACAUACACCACCACAGAGGAUACACAACCAAUUCUAUUUGAUAUUGGCGUUGGGGAUAGAUGCUGCCUUGACAACUCCUUUUGCAGUUCUGAAU